AAUGAUAAACACAUUUAAUUCGCUUCUAUUAAAGCAUUCAAAUAACUUUUUCAUCAAAAAUAUCUGUCAUUGAAAAGUGUUAUUCAAGAAAUUAAUAUUAAUUUUUGAUCAACAAUAAUGUCAUCACUUCCGCCGACAUUCAUACCCGAGUGGACGGAUAGGCGAACGUCCGAACAGUUGGAGUACAGACGCCUCGGUCUGACCGAUAUGUUUGUGUCCACUCUUAGCUUAGGUGGCGCACACGUCAGUAAGGAUCUGGUGUUUAGCGCCGACGGUUCCCAACUCUUAAGCGGCUAUCAAAACGUUGUCCAAUCGAUCCGUAAGACAAUACAGUCGGGAAUCAAUUUCAUCGAUACCUCGCCUUUCUAUGGGUGUGGGAAAGCGGAACUUGUGUUGGGAAAGGCAUUGGAAGGCAUUCCCCGCAAUGCCUACUAUUUGGCCACAAAAGUGGGCCGAAAACCCGACUGUACUUUUGAUUACUCGUCCGAAUGGAUCGUUCAGUCAUUUGAGUUGAGUCUGAAGAAACUCGGCGUCGAUUACUUGGAUUUGCUUCACGUUCACGACGUCGAGUAUUCCGAUGACAUCGAUAUCGUGAUCAACGAAACACUUCCAGCGCUCGACAAACUUCGGCAGCAGAAGAAAGUGAAAUACAUUGGUAUCACUGGAUAUCCAUUACACACAUUAAAAGAAAUCGUAGAGAGAAGUGAAGUGAAACUCGAUGUCGUGUUGUCUUACUGUCGGAUCACACCUUUCGACCAAACAUUGCUUCAAUACUUGCCUUUCUUUAAGGAUCAAAAGUUGGGCGUUAUAAACGCUGCUGUGUUGGGAAUGGGUCUGUUAACCCCGGGCAAUCAUGUGCCGUAUUGGCACGCGGCUCACACUACCAUUAAGGAGGCCUGUUCUCGGGCCGUCACCUAUUGUAAUGAUCGUAACGUAAAUAUCGCUAAACUAUCGGUUUAUUAUGCGUUACAACAGAAGGGAAUCGACACUCACUUAAUAGGAAUGGAAGAUGAGAACGCAUUGAAAGCCAAUUUAGAGGUUAUGAUCAACGGAUUGAAUGAGAAGGAGAAAGCGGUUCUUCAGGAGAUAACCACUAAUAUAUUCUCCAAUCUCGAUGUCCGCCACUGGGAAGGGGUAGAGCUCAAGAGAUACAGAACUGAUCCCAAAGAGUUUCAACGAUUUCUUCUCGGAGGCAAACCAUGAAAGUGAUUGUGUGUGUGAUUAAGUGAUUG